CCAAGAAUCUCUCAACUCUCUGUCCAUAAAUCACUUCUUCUUUUUAUCAUCCAAAUUGUUGCAUGUUUGAGCAUAGAAAGUGACACCAUUUCAGCUGGUGUAGUAAUCAAAGAUCCACAAACCAUCACAUCCCAAAACCAGAUAUUCAAACUAGGAUUCUUCACACCUCCAAACACAACCAACCGCUACUUAGGAAUCUUCUUUACCUUCUCCCAAGAAACCGUGAUUUGGGUCGCCAACAGAGACACACCCCUCACUGAUUCUUCCGGCUCCGUUACUCUCUCUCGAGACGGUAAUCUCGUGGUCUUGGACGGGAGUAAUCAAACUGUCUGGUCCACCAAUCUCACCACCACCUCUCCCGUCAUCAACUCAACCGCCCAACUCCUCGACACUGGCAAUCUCGUCUUGCGGGAAGAGGCCUCAGGAGACGUGUUAUGGGAGUCUUUCUCACAACCUCUGGAUGUGCAGGUGCGGGGAAUGAUGCUAACUCAGAACGUUAACACCGGGAAGCAGGUGCUGCUGACGGCGUGGAGAAACGCCACUGACCCUGAGAAAGGGAGCUUCACCAUGGGCCUCGACGUCACUAGCGGGACCCAGCAGCUUUACAUCUGGGAUGAGGGGCGACCGCGCUGGAGAAGCGGGCCGUGGAACAACCUGCUUUUUCUUGGGAUAAAGAAAUUGUUCUACAACUACUUAGAUGGGUUCAAUCAAGUGACCAAUGACAGUGCUGGAAAUUUCUUCUUUUCCCCACCGCAGCAGAAUGAUAGGCAUAUAAUAUCCACCUUGAAUUAUACAGGAAGUCUGAACCGAAAGGCGUGGAAUGGCAAGGAAUGGGAAGUGGUGAUGGCGUGUCCUGAAAACGUGUGUGAUGUUUAUGGAACGUGUGGGGCGUUUGGUAGCUGCAAUGCUCUCGAAUCGCCUAUUUGUAGUUGCUUGAGAGGUUUUGAACCUGUGAACGAGGAGGAAUGGGGGAGAGGGGAUUGGACUAAUGGUUGUAGGAGGAAGAGCCAGUUGCAGUGUGGAGACGAUGGAUUUGAGAGGCUGCGGAAUAUGAAGGUUCCGGAUUUUGCUAAAACCUUGCCUUCGAGGGUUCAAGACGAGUGUCGAACCACAUGUCUUGGGAACUGCUCCUGUAUAGCUUAUGCUUAUGAUGAUAACAUUGGUUGUAUGUUUUGGAGUGAUACAUUGAUUGACACGCAGGAUUUUGGUAGCGUUGGUGUUGAUCUCUACCUUCGUCUCUCUGCUUCUGAAUUCGAUAGCAACAAAAGGAGAAAGUUGUACAUCAUAGUUGGAGUAGCUGUGGGUUUUGUUUGCAUAUCUAUUCUGAUGUUUAUUGCUUGGUGGUUUAUAGUGAAAAGGAAAGGAAGCAAAGCGCAAGAUUCAAGUAUUUUGGAAGCAGGACAGAUGUUCACGAUAGAUUCAACUGCAAUCGUGCUAAAAGAUGAAACAAAGGAAGUUAAUAUUGGUGAUUUGCCAAAGUUCACUUUCAAGAUGCUUGCUAAUUCAACAAACCAGUUCCAUGAAGAUAAUCUUCUCGGGAGGGGAGGUUUCGGUCCUGUUUACAAGGGAGUUAUAGCAAACGAAAAAGAGAUCGCUGUUAAGAGACUAUCAGCGGAAUCUGGUCAAGGAAUGCAAGAAUUCAUGAAUGAGGUGAUUGUAAUUUCCAAACUCCAACACAGGAAUCUUGUCAAACUGUUGGGAGGUUGUGUUGAGAAAGAAGAGAGGAUUCUGAUAUAUGAAUACAUGCCAAACAAAAGCUUGGAUGCUUGUCUCUUUGAUCCUAUAAAUCCGACAAAGAAGUUGUUAGACUGGAAUAUGCGUUACAGCAUAAUCGAGGGCAUUGGGCGAGGCAUACUGUACCUGCACAGAGACUCAAGACUAAGGAUCAUUCACAGAGACCUCAAGCCAAGUAAUGUUCUACUAGACCAAGACUGUAACCCAAAAAUCUCAGAUUUUGGGAUGGCAAGAAUAUUCGGAGGCAAUGAAGAACAUGGCAAUACUGCAAGAGUUGUGGGAACAUACGGAUACAUGGCGCCCGAAUACGGAAUGGAAGGCAGAUUUUCUGAAAAAUCUGAUGUAUACAGCUUCGGAGUGCUGAUUCUGGAGAUUAUGACAGGGAAAAAGAACACACGCUAUUUCAAUGAUGAAUUUUCCUUGAGUCUUAUUGGAUGCGCUUGGAAAAUGUGGAGUGAGGGUAAUGGUUUGAGCUUCGUAGAGGAAAGCAUCGCGAGCAGAGAGACGGAGGAAGAGAUUGUUCGAUGCAUUCAAAUAGGCCUACUGUGUGUGCAAGAAUAUCCUGAGGAUAGACCUUCCAUUGAAAUAGUGCUGUCGAUGCUGAGUCGUGAUAUCGUGGAGCUGGCAGCGCCAAAGCAGCCAUUGUUUGCGGAAAAUGGUUCGACACCAGGCCCUAAUGGAUCAACACAGCAAAAUGUUUACUCCAAUAACGGGCUCACUCUCAGCGUGCUUGAGGGACGAUGAAUCUAUUUCUGAUUGUAUCGUUAUCUUUUAUGAUCCCAAUACCGUAAGUCACAUUCGGCCUACCAACAGAUGUCCUCGACAACAACGCGAAGGCCUAUCGCCGCCCCAAGCGCAAACACAGGCCGUCCCCAGCCAUUUUGUGAUUAUAUAUGUUUAAUUUCAUGUCAUAAAAUUUUUCUUUAUUUGUAUUUUUCAUAUAAUAGGUCGUGGUUGAGUUGAGCUAGCAGCUUAUAAAUUUUUAUUUGUUGAUUCUUUCCCAAGUGGUU